AUGGCUGUCCACUGCGAUUCUCUUGUGUCCGUAGACGUAGCCAAGGUCAAACUCUGCCCGCAGGUGGUAUUUGCCUGCGGCUUUGACGGCUGCUUGCAAGUGUUUGAGGCCCCGGAGUACACCAACGCCAGCCCGACCUUCAAAAAAUACGUCCGUCAUGUGGCCGAGCACUUUGAGCAAGGCGCCAGUCGUGGCGGAUGGUCGUACUCUACAAGGAUGGGCAAUCUGCUCCGUCAGAGCCAGGUGCAGCUCACCUGGAACGAGUGGACACAGAGCGAAGCAUUAAGAACAUCUCUCAAGUGGACCCCUCAGACGUCCAACAUCUUGCGGAAGAGAUUAGAAUGCCGGCACAUUGGCGACAUUAAGCUGCUCGUUCAGUACGCCUUUCUUCUAGGCACUGAUCCCGACAGCAUCAGCAGAUUUCGCGAGGACUUCGUCACACCCGUCGCCAACCACAUCCGCAGCCUCUCGAGCAAUGCCAACACAAGCGCAGUCGGGAUGGCCUCCUCAUCCCCAUCAACAAGCGUACUAUGA